UUCCAUCGGCAGGUUCCUUGUGGAGGAGGAGAGCAGCGCUGCUGAGUGUCACCCCCCCCCCCCCUCCCCAAACACCCCCCCACCCCCCUUUUGGAGCAGCCUCGCGAGCGGAGGGGAGUUUUUCCGUGUACUUUGCAGGAGGAGCACAUCGACACACCGAGCGCGGAAAGGCACCGCAGGAAGCAUGGGGAAGCAAAACAGCAAGCUGACUCCUGAGGUGAUGGAGGAUCUGGUGAAGAACACGGAGUUCAACGAGCACGAGUUGAAGCAGUGGUACAAAGGCUUCCUCAAGGACUGUCCCAGUGGCAGACUCAACCUGGAGGAGUUCCAGCAGCUCUACGUCAAGUUCUUCCCUUACGGCGACGCCUCCAAGUUUGCGCAGCACGCCUUCAGAACCUUCGACAAAAACAGCGACGGCACCAUCGACUUCCGAGAGUUCAUCUGCGCCUUGUCCAUCACGUCACGUGGGAGCUUUGAGCAGAAGCUCAACUGGGCCUUCAACAUGUACGACCUGGACGGGGACGGCAAGAUCACCAGGGUGGAGAUGCUGGAGAUAAUUGAGGCCAUCUACAAAAUGGUAGGCACGGUGAUCAUGAUGAAGAUGAACGAGGACGGCCUGACACCAGCCCAGCGGGUGGACAAGAUCUUCAGCAAGAUGGAUAAGAACAACGACGACCAGAUCUCGUUGGAGGAGUUCAAGGAGGCGGCCAAGAGCGACCCGUCCAUCGUGCUGCUGUUGCAGUGCGACAUGCAGAAGUGAGCCCCCCCUCCUGCGACCGCCACCGACGCCGCCCUUGUCCUCCAAGCCCCGCCUCUGCUCGCUCCCUGGCCCCGCCCCCCCAGCCUGCAUCCACACACACACACACACACACACACACAAACACACGCUGGACGGCAGCACGUGUUCAUUAGGUUCUCUGCCAUUUCCACAGGAAAGAAGAAGAAAAGAAAAAGAAACAACGCUUGGACUAUUUUUCAAUGGACUCGCUUCUUGUGGUUGCAUGCAUGAGAAUGUCAAAUAUGCUGACUCAUCUCCAAUAUGUUAAGAUAUCCUGACACUUCUACUUCCCGACAUGCCAGCGUGUUUUGUGCACAGUAAACCCCGCCCUCAUCCAGCCUUUUCAAACUUGCGGCAUUCCCUCCCCAGCAAGGCAAGUGUUCACGGCUCAAACCACCGUACGCUUUCAGUCCUAGCAAGGAAUACGGUAACCGGUAACCGUCUCUACAUGACAGGACAGGGAGGCUUCUUCCAGAAGUUACCCACAAAAAGUAUUGCAUGCAUAUAUUACGUGUCUAAAAAAUAUAUCGAUAUGUAUUCAAUCUCUUACCUGUUUUUUCAUCUUUAGAUGGUUAUAAAAGAGAAAUCAUCCUGACAUUCAUUUAGUAUACGGGUGGUCCCCGGCUUACAAAUGUGUUCCCAUUGAAGAGAGUUUUGGUGCACGUCGGAUAUUAGGCCUAAAUCAGAGGCACAUUCUAAAAAUGUCAUCUAGCUAAAAAAAAAAACAGCAGCAAAAGUGGAAAAAUCAGCAGUCAUAUUACAAGAAUAAAUUCCAAAUAUGAAGAGAAAAAGAAUGUGCUUAUUUCACAAGAAUAAAGUAAUAGUGCUGGUAAAAACCAUCAAAGUCAUAUUAGCUGCCUGUUGAAAUAUUCCAGAAAAAAACGUUUUAUCAGAACGAAAACAAAAAUGAAGGGGCAAUUAAGUUGGGGGAAACAUUAUGGGAAUAACGUCAAAAUAUUAUGACACGGAAGGAAGCUGAAAUAUGAAGAGAAAAACGUCUGUUUUAAUAAGGAAAACAUUUACAGAAUUAACUUAAAAAAUCAAAUGGGAAGGGAAAAUAAUGUCAUUUUAGUAGGUUGAAAUAUAAAAAAAUAUAUACAUUUUUUAAAAAAGGAAGUAAUAUGAGAAACAAAAAGAGUACAAUUCUAAUUUUUGGAAAAUUAGGGUGGAAAAAAAAGUUCUAACAUUACGAAAAUAAAUGCAAAAUAUGAUGAGAAUGAAGUCGUUAUUACAAGAACAUUUACAAGAGGAAAGUUGAAAUGAAAAAAGUCACAAUUUUACAAGAAUAAACUGGUAAUAUAACGGGGGAAAAUAAUGUCAUUUUUAGUAUCAUUUCACCUGUGUCACAAAGCAGAAAUGCUUUUCUUAUUGUCAAAACAUAAUAUCACGAAAAACAAACAAAACAAAGAAUAAAGUUGUCAUUUCUUGAAAAUUACGCUGGUGGAAAAGUUCUAAUAAUACCAGCAUAAAGUCAUAAUAUGAUGAGAGGAAAAUUUACAAAGAAUAUUCAAGAAAAAAACAAAAAAAUGGGAAAAAAGGCCAAUUUCUAAUAAUAGCUCCAAUAAUAAACUUUUUCACGUUUAUGACAAAGCUGAGGUCAAGUUUUUUCUUGAAAUAUAUUAUAUAUACUUCUUUACAUGUCUACUACAACAUUUCAGGCCCUCGCUGGAAAAAAGUGUGGACACGCCUGACCUGAAUGAACAAUUAAGUCUCUCACGUGUGAGAGUGUGAAAUGCAGUCAUAAAAUGAGUGAACAGAAGAAUUCGAUGAAACGCUAUUAAAAAAGGGACCUGAUUCUGGUUCCAUUUCAAUACUAAGACCACUACACUGCCUAGUUGUUACUGUCACUUUCAUGGGAGUAGAGCCUUUAGCAUGCUUGAGGAUACCAUCUUUAUCCUUAAAGACGGUCGCAACAGUCCAUCGGUUAAUGCCAAAAGUGCAGCCGAUGUUGGUGGGUUUGUUUCCAUGGUGAUAUGGCUUUGCUUUUCCUUGUCGCAUUUCCACCAGAAGUCCCUGCCUUACAGACAGAAUGAAGACUUAAUGACGUGCAGAAAGUGAACUAAUAAGCAAUGUUAUCCACUCUAACGACUUCUCCAGCGUUUUGACAUUUUUGAUUCAUUCACGGGAGAGCGUUUGUAUCGUAACCACGGAACGCCGUAACCCGAGGACCACCUGCAGUUGCAUGGGAUGUACAGUGUGUGACGACGCUCACCUGACGUGGGAGCGUGACCAUCCCCCCCGCCGUGCCCCCCCGGCCUCCAUUCGCACUGUCAUGUUUGUUUUCUGUCCGCUUCUGAUCCUGGUUGCUUUGUUUACACGGUACAUAUCAACAUACUUGUUUACAGAAACAAAGAGCACUACUAUGAUUAAAAAUGAUUCCUGUGGCUUUUGACCUUCGUGCUGAGAGCUCCCUCAUGACAGGGACGCAUAUUCCAAGAAAAAAAAAAGUUUACUGGACACACUGCAUUCCUACGUCGACAACAUUUAAUAUCUUCCAGGCAAUGCAAGCAUGUCUGCUUGUAAGUCCACUCCCACUGGUGGACUCCCGGCAGAAGAGCUUUCUUUUUGCUGUUUACGCCCCCUUUAUUCAUAUUGUUUGCUUUACUGUCUGCACACAAUUCAAGAUCUUUGUCAAAAGUAAAUGUUUCUAUCAAAUAUGAAAAGUCAAGAUACAAGUGACUGUAUUCUUUUAUACAUGUGGCAUGUCUUUGCACCCCUUGAACAAAUACGUUCUGUAGUGAUUAAAAUCAAUAAACCACAAACGGGCUUUUUUCCAAGACA